AUGCACUUGGAAUUUGAGAAGGCACACGAUGUUCUGCUUGAAGAUGUUCGAGACACCGUUAAUAUUCGACAGGCACACUUUAGCGCCCCUAAAAGACUAGCAAAUCGAUGGGAUCACCGACUGAGUGACGAGAGCUUAUCACAAGGCGCAUCGCCCUUGAAAAAUUCUGUCAAGACAGCUACCACGUCCAUACCAAUUCCCCUCGGUGUGGGAAGGCCCGCCUCUUUGUUCUAUCCCUGGCAGUCUAUGACAAUGACUGGAACGAAGGAGUCGAACACAAGAAACCCAAUGGCUUGCAAUAUAGGGGAAGCAGCUUUUGAUCUUUCGUCCGCCUUAAACUAUGCCGAUCCUUCUGGGUCGACCGAGUUAGUAGCCUGCUUUCGAGAGAACACUCGCCUUAUCCACAAUCCUCCUUAUCAAGAUUGGAAUACAACCCUUACAUGCGGCUCAACAUCUGCUAUUGAUAUAGUCUUGCGCAUGUUAUGCAACAGGGGGGACUGGAUCUUAGCAGAGGCUUCUACAUACACUGGUACAGUUAUGGCAGCGAAGGCUCAUGGUCUUAAUAUCCAAAGCAUCGAGAUGGAUGAGGAGGGCCUCCUGCCAGUAGAUUUGGAUAACAAACUACGAUACUGGGACACAUCACGAAGCCGCAAGCCAUUUGUGCUAUAUACCAUCCCAUCUGGACACAAUCCAACGGGUGUAACCCAGUCAACGGCACGGAAGGCGGCAAUCUAUCAAAUUGCAGAACGACAUGACUUGCUGGUUCUCGAGGAUGACCCGUACUUCUUCUUACGACUCAACGGAUCUUCCUCAUCACUGGAUAUUAACCCCCCUUACUCGUCAUUCGAAAGGCUGCGGAAAUCACUGCCCUCAUCAUACCUUUCCCUAGACAAAUCCGGACGAGUUAUUCGUGUGGACUCCACCUCAAAGAUACUGGCUCCCGGCCUUCGGUGUGGUUGGCUAACGGCGAGCAAACAAAUAGUCGAAAUUUUCGAAAAUUUUGCUGAGGUUGGACCAGCGCCCCCUAGCGGCCCAUCCCAGGUCAUGUUGUACAAAUUGUUCGUUGAGAGCUGGGGGCAAGAGGGGUUUGCAAAUUGGUUAAACCAUUUGUCUGGAGAGUACAAGUUAAGAAGGGACAUCAUGAUUGCUGCAUGCUCCCAGCAUCUGCCCAAGGGUUUAUGCACAUGGACCACUCCUACACAUGGAAUGUUCUUAUGGAUUACGAUUGAUUUACUGAGGCAUCCCGACUACUCAGAAAGGCGGGAAAAUCUAUCGCUCGAGCUUGAGGAUAAAAUUUACGAGCGGGCGGCAAGCCAUGGGGUCGCUGUCGCCAAAGGGAGCUGGUUUAACGUUGAAACAUGUUUGGAUAAGGUAUUUUUUAGAAUAACGUUUGUGUCCACUACUUGUCUGGAUGAUCUCGAAAAUGGUGUUAAGCGGCUUGGAGCAGCUGUGAGAGACGAAUUCAGGUUUACACAAGCCUAG